CAAUCAGAACAGAUUUAUUUGCAAACGCGUGGAACGCUCAAACCCCAGAUUUCGUUUCAUGGAAACCCCAACCCGGUGCACGAGCGGUUGAUGCUUUUACAUGCAACUGGAGAAAUGUAGAUGGUUAUCUCUUUCCCCCCUUUUCCCUUAUUCCUCGUUGUCUGGCGAAGAUAAGGAGAGAACGGUGCACAGUCACCAUGGUAUGCCCAGUAUGGCCAAGUCAACCAUGGUAUCCCCUUAUAUUAGAGUUAGUGUGCGACACACCAAGAAUCUUACCACCCGGCCACCAAUUACUGACCUCUCCAUCCGGAAAUCCGCAUCCGCUCGCGGGGGCCAACCUUAUGCUAGCCGCCUGGAGACUAUCAGGAUCGGACUCGAAAGUAAAGGAUUUUCAGGGAACACUGUCAAAGUACUGUUGGCAGGGAGUCGUACAUCCACGCUAUCUACCUACGAGUCAGCGUGGCGCAACUGGAAUAAUUGGUGUGCUGGGGAGCAUCAUGAUCCCAUGUCAAAUGAUUUGACAGUCAUGUUGGACUUCCUUACGACCUUGCAUAUGGAGGAUAGCGUGGCCAUUGGGCAGCAUCCGCUAGUAAUACGUUUUAUGAAAGGAUGUUAUAAUGAAAAUCCCCCUAGGCCUAAAUACUCGUCGAUCUGGGACGUGGAAGUCGUUUUCAGCUAUAUGCGUCAUGCGGGUAACAAUUUGUCACUAGAUCUCUCAUCGCUUACAAAAAAACUGGCUACAUUAUUGGCGGUCUCUACCCUACUGAGAGUGUCUGAAAUAGCAUCUUUAGACAAACGUACUUUGGAAUUUUCCUCUUCCGGAGCUAAGAUAGCUCUCUCCAAACCAAGAAAGGCUCAAACAAGCGGUCCUUUGCGACAUUAAUAGGACAGAGGCAAAUCAGCAGCAUUUACUCAUCAGUUUAAUACAACCGUUCGGGUCAGUUUCAGGCAAUACGGUGGCUAGAUGGAUAAAAGAGUAUUUGUCAGAUGCAGGAAUCGACACAUCAAUUUUUUCAGCUCAUUCAACAAGGGGCGCCGCAGCUUCAGAAGCAGCAAGAUCAGGAAUUUCGAUAGAUGCAAUUCUUCGAGCGGGAGAUUGGUCGAACGAAACAACCUUUGCAAAAUACUACAACCGAGAAAUCACGCUUUGAAAUCACCCUUAGGGUAGAGUGAAAAUGUUUUGCAUGCAAUUUAUAGUUGCCAGAGGGAUCGCGAAGCGAUCCCGACAGGCAACUGUGAUUGCAUGUAAAUAAAUGAAACGAGACCCUAAGGGUCUCUAAAAUCCCACCACAACCACCCAUCAGUCUAUCGUUCAUAUCAUUAAAUUAUUAAAAUUUUUAUUUUUCCUAUGGUUAGGAAGUACAGAGGAGGUUUUGGAAGACGUGGAGGUGGCCAGCAGUACAACGGGCAGUGAGUUCUUCCGCACCAUUGCCCACAAGCCCAUGCAAGCCAGGAAUUAUCAUUAUUUUCAAGUUUCAGUCGCGCUAUCAUCGCGAGAUCCUUUAGUUUUGUUUUGGUUCCCCCUUUUUUCCCUUGUUUGUUUGCAUAAGAGGGCUUGUACAGUUUGUGCUAUAUCCUU